AUGCAAAUGACAAAAGCAACUGCUUUCCUCUAUCUUGUUAUUCUUCUCCUUCCUCGUGUUGUGCCGAGAGCAAAUGUCACUGCAGACCUGCACUCGGACAAAAAAGCCCUUCUCGAAUUUGCUUCAGCCGUGCCACAGGCUCGAAAACUCAACUGGAGAAAAAACUCUUGUAUUUGCAAGUCUUGGUCAGGGAUCACUUGCACAAGCGAUGGCACUCGCGUGAUGGCCCUUGGCCCAAUGCCUCAAAGCACAUUGGGCCGACUGAACGGGCUCAAUAUCCUCAGCCUUCGAUCCAAGAACCUUAAUGGGAACCUUCCGUCUGAUGUCCUUUCUCUCACUUCCCUCCGAUAUAUUAACCUCCAACACAACAACUUUUCGGGCGAUAUACCUUUGUUAUCCAACUUCUCUUCACAGCUCAAUGUCGUCGAUUUUUCGUUCAACUCGUUAACAGGGGAAAUCCCAGACGCUGGAUCAAUUCCAUCCCAUCUCCGAACAUUUCGUGCCGAUUCCUUCGCUGGAAACUCUUUGUUGUGUGGGGGGGCGCUCGUUGACUGCCCUUCCGUUUCUCCUUCUCCUUCUCCAACUUUCUUUCCGCCAUCAACUUCUCCGGGCCCUGGCCCAUUUUCACCGGUAUUUCAAGAAAGAAGCACAAUAAGCAAGAGGACUAUAAUUGCAAUUGUUGUAGGUGGCGCGGCAUUUCUAGUUGCCGUGGCUCUGGCAGUGUUGGCAUGGUGUUUUUGCGUCCGGCGAAAAAGAAGUUCCAAAAGUGGAGUGGUUAAAGAAAAAGCCCUUGAGAAGGAGAUGAUGCCGAAAGAAGACUUUUCGAGUGGAGUCCAAGACUCGGAGAAGAACAAAUUGGUGUUCUUCCAAGGAACCUCGUAUAAUUUCAAUCUCGAGGAUUUGUUGAGAGCCUCGGCUGAGAUUCUUGGGAAAGGAAGCUUCGGCACGACGUAUGCAGCUAUUCUCGAAGAGGGAUCGGAGGUUGUGGUGAAGCCGCUGAGGGAGGUGGUGGCCGGGAAAAGAGAGUUCGAACAGCAGAUGAAGAUCAUCGAGAGGCUUAGCCGUCACCCAAACAUUGUUCCCCUCAUCGCUUAUUACUAUUCUAAGGAUGAGAAACUCCUCGUUUAUGAUCGUGCAACUGCUGUUCAUGGGGAUAAUGAGAAUGGACGAAUUCUCGAUUGGGAACUAAGGGUCAAUAUUUCGCUAGACACAGCCAAGGGAGUGGCGCAUAUACAUUCGUUUAAGUCAACUCACGGCAACAUCAAGAACCCCCCCAUCUAUCCCACCAAGAAGCACGGGUUACCGAGCACCCGAGAAGCUCGAAACUGGCAAAUCGACCCAAAAGUCAGAUGUUUACGCCUUUGGAGUUCUCCUCCUGGAAUUGCUCACCGGAAAAGACGUGGCCUUGGACCAAUCUCAUCACGUAUCAUCAAAAUGCUGAGGGUGAAAUGGUCCAAAUGCUUAAUGGCGUGUGUGGCAAAGGCACCCGAGAGGCGGCCUGCAAUGGAUGAGAUUGUUAGAAUGAUUGAGGAAAUCCGCCAUCCCGAUUCUGAGAACCGACUAUCGAGGAGCACAAGUCCAACAUUGUAG